AUGGCGCCCAGAGAAGAGAAGAAGAAGAGCCCAAGCUGCUCAGAAAUAUCGCAAAUAUUCAUGGAGGGGGAAACUCUCCUGAAGGGAAGCAGCCUGAUAGACAAGGAAGAGCCCAUACAAGAGUUUGCAUCUGUGCCUGACAAUGGCCUCGACCAGUCCUUUGGCAUAGAGAACAAGAGCUACCACUUUCUCUCAGACAAUGAGUCGUUCUACGGAGACUUAAAGAAAGGCCCUUUCCACUCCAAGGCUCCCAUAAACAAAGAGUUCACAGACAACAUACUCUUCAAAGAAAUGAAGUUCUCAAGCCCGCCAAGGAGAGGAGGGAAGUACAGGAAAGCCUUUGGAGCUCCUCAGCUGAUGGAUCCAGACGACAGCCUGGACAUAGAAACAGGAACCUUCCAGAGAAAAAGAAAGUUCACUGAAAAAGCCAUUAAAGAGACAGAGAGUGAGAAUAUGUAUCUCUUCAAAGAAGAGCUGGGAGCACACACCGCAAACUCUUCAUUCACAAAGCUUCCGGGAUUUAAAACAGCUGAGGGAUCGAGUGUGUACGUGAACGAAGAAUGCACAGCAAAAGCAAGAAGAAGUUUUGACUUUCUGCAGAGCAGCACAAUCUCCCAAAUAUCUCCUCCGAAGCCCAAGGUUAUCUAUCCAAGGGAGAAAGAGAUACAAGAUGCCCUGCAGAUGUACAGAAAAGUAAAACAAGAAAUAUUCCCGCUAACUCGCUCAGAUGAAGAGGAGUACGACAUGUUCUCUCUGUUCAAGUGGGCGUGGAUCUCUCUGCUCCCGCAAAUACAGGAAAUUCAGAAAAGAGGAGGGGAGCUGCAGAACUCUGAAAUCGAGCGGUUGGUGCUCCUCGAGUCAAAGAAAAGAUGGAAACUCAACCCUAAGUCUGUUCUUCAGCGCAUUGCAGAGCACGAUGAGAGCCCAGCAGUGUACAUGAAGGUUCUUGUUGUAGAAGGGGGCACAGACGUAAUAACCAUUACAGACGGGAUAUACUCUCUUAGAGCCAAGCUGGAUGAGGGCCUGCAGUGUAUCUCCAGCAAAAUAACCGUGGGAAAGAUCCUGCAGGUGGCAUGCUCUGUGCUGCUCCAAGGCUACCCCAUGUCCAUAUGGCAGGCUAAUGCAGAAAGAGUCCCGGUUAUAGAGCUUAAAUACAACGGAGUAAAGCCGUGCUUGUCAGGGCCCCUUGGAUACCAAAAUGCAAUGGGGUACAUACGGGCGCUCUCUUCCAUCAGGCUGCAGGGAGGGUUUAUAAGCUGUCUGAUGCUGAAGGUGGAUAGGCACAUAGACACUGCAUACAUUGUCAAUAUAAAAGGCUCAAAAACCGUUAUAGAGGAAGACCGGAUAGAGAGCACAGUGCAGAGAAUAGAAAAAAGCAUAGAAAGCCUUGGGCUCUCAACGGAGGAGAAGAUGAAAGAGUUUGACUCUGUGAAGCUGCACAAGUACAAGAGAUACGAGGUUUCGUGUGACUACUCCCCGGGAGGAAGCUCAGCCAUACUUUCUCUCUGGGAGUCCGCUCUCAACGACAACAAUCUGGGGAUAGGCAAGCGGUAUCUGUUCUUCAUGCUCACCACGCCUGCAAAGAAGAAAGAGAGCGACAGAAUUCUUCUGUCAACAACCUCAAGGACGUCUUUUAAGCUUAUAUAG